UGCAUGCAGGAGUACGGGUGCUGUUUUGUGUGCUCUACAAAGGAAAUUGGAGGAUAGGAGGAAACCUAAUGCAAUCCGUUCUGUGACAAUCGAGCCCGUAAACUCGUGAUCAGCGCCGCGAUGAGCUUUACGACGAUUUCGAAGAAUUACGGUGGAGAAUAAAGGCAAGUUAGUAAGGGGGUUAAGGGGGGAGGGUGGGACUUGAACCCUAAACCUCAUGCGUGGGGAAUGAACACAAAAGACUGAAGAUAAAGUUCUCUUUCUCCCUUUGUAUGAUUUAGGAUCGGAGGUAAAGGAAGAGAUCGAAGCGGGCAUCAGUCAAUGGAAUAGAAUCGGGAGCAACCUUUCUCCUAUAUUCUUUACGCGAAACCUGAGAAGGUUUAUUAUUUGGCUUAGGGUUUGCUAUCCCCUUGAAUCCUACUACCGCUUCAACCCAAUAGACUUCUUGCUUUGAGGGCUGGCACUGCAAUCAUUGGAAUGACUUCUGUGCUUGCUUGAUUGGAACGACUGCUUCUCUCUUAUCUUACCUGGACUGCCAACUGCACUGGCACCCCACUUGCUAUUGAUUAGAUAUCCAUUUAGAAUUAGGUUGCCAGGGAUAGUUCAUCUUACAAUUACUAGCCAUAGAAGUUCGUUUCUAAGUUACCAUAAUAAUUAGGUUAUAAUGGGAUUUUCGUUUCAUGUGUGUUUUGCAACUACCUUAGAAAGUUUAAGUUGGGAGGCUUUUGGAUGGCCAAUUACUGCAUGGGAUUCUUUUUGAAUUUCUCCGUCAAAAACAAGUUAGUGGAGUUCUUUCAACAUUGUAGUGUUUCUGUAAGUCUGUCUUCUUGUAAAGUUUCAAGGCUGUGGUUGGAUCUGUAAAAGUUUCCAUAACUGGUUAAACAUGCUUCAAAGUUUACCAUAGGGGUCGUAGACUAUGACCCCCCUUGUUCGUUUGGUUCCGUAUCAUUGCUCUUAAAUAUUAAUGGAAUUUAAAAGGAUCUCCCGCUAUGAUGAGUCUAAGGAUGUUGGGGACAUCCUUUAGUUAAGCAUGAGGGAGUUCUCUUUCCUAAGAUUUCAGAACUAUAAGCAUUGACACCAAAGUCUGAGAGCGUAAGAUUCACAUGUCUGACAUGCUUAACCAAUUCCAUGCAAGAUAUGUGAGAUUUUCAUCCUACCUUUAGCUUAGGAGAAACAAUUAGCGGGACAUUGUCAUAUACUACCGUGGGCAUCCAUUUGAAAUUGCUUUCCUUUGUUUUGAUGCCCAAGCCAGUGAUCCACUGAGUUUAGAGAUACAGCUCAAGCUUAAUCACGUGCAUGAAGCAUCUUCAAUACCUCUUGGCUUUUGUAUCUGCCUCUGGUUUGCAACCUUCCCUUUUCUGGGGUUCUAUGAGAACAUGUUAUAUGGAGUAAUCAUUUGAUGAGCGUUGGAUACCAUAACUGAGGGCUCCUUCGGUAAUCUUGCUUAUUAGCCUGUGUCUUUGAUCCAGGCGCAAAAUAAGCAAAUAAGCAAUAUUGGCAAACGGGCCAUGGAGAUGAUGAAAGCUACUCUGGGGCCAUGGGAGUGGAAGAGUUUGAAGAUUAAUUGAUUGUGUGGUGUAAUACAUGUUGAAUUCCGAGAUGCUUUGAGUUUGUAUGAUACUGAAACCUAUUUCUUUAAUGUUGCUUGCGAAAUACGGAUUACGACCCUGUUAAAAAUUGCUUGAUCGCUAAAGCUCUGACUUGGCGUUGAAGAUCAGUAUAGGCCAAGUCUUACUCCUGGUGCUUCUUUUGUUGCUGUUUACUUCCUCUAGCAAGUUUUCUUAUAUCUGGCGAUGACUUUGUAAUGGGGAAAUUGCAUGAAAAAACUAGCAGAGGGAACUUGUUCUUGUGAACUUGAAGAGAGUUUGCCUUUUUCUUUAUGUACUCAUGAAUCAUGAUAAGUUUCUCUGUCACAUGCGCAUGCAUACACAGUAAUUUAACGAUCUUAUGCCGCACCCAGCAAUAGAUAGAUACUCAGGUAUUAGAAUCAUUGAGUUGUUGGAUAUACUAUUAGUAGCACUCUGGGAUGGUCCUGGCUUAUGGUUUGAAUUGUAAUAAAUGGGCAUAGGCAUAAAUGUGUUGUGAAGUAUGUUCUUCUAUAUUUCCUGAUAUAGGCGUAUUACAAUAUGAUAAAUGUAUGGCGAAAUGCAUUAGCCUUAUCCUUUCUAAUCAAGAAAAGCAGCCUCUCGAGUGUAUUAAGUUACAUGGGAGCAGGCUCUUGGGAUUGUAUAUCAUAGUACAUUUAAGGUGAAUUUAUAUCACCUGAAGCAUAUGACCUAUUGAGUGAGUUAAUCUAUUUUUAGUUUGUGACAUUGUAUCUUGUGCUCUUGUUUGUCUUUUUCCUUAAUCAGGUUCAAAUCUUGAUGAAUUAGCUGAAGAGAAACUACCGCCCUAUACAGAUGUGGCCCCUUGGGUGAUGUGCCAUGGACUUCAUAUUCCAAAUACAUCUUUUGUAUAAGCAUUGCGUGUUUAAAGAUGGUGAAAGUACAAAGAGUUUAUGGAUAUCUUAUCCUGAUCACAAACGAUUGAAGAUUGAGAGGCAAGAUUUUGAACUAGCACUGAACUGCCCAGGGCACUGUUUGAUAUUUGACCGUAGAGUUCGUUCAUAUAGAGGCCAAUGGAUAGCGGACGUUUUGACAAAGAAGCUUGCAGCAGAGCAUGGUGCCACCAUGGAUUAUUUUGGAGCUCUUCACUUUCAACUGCCCCUUUGUUGUAUCAUGAUUUAGUUGCGAUAGUACGCCAAGUUGGAAAAUAGGAAAUUGGUUGUACAUUCGUGGUUCAAUGUAAAUAAUGGUCAUUUCAAAGAGGAAACCCGUCUCUCUUUCUGAAGGUUUGAAUAGGAAAGGGGACACUGCGAACAGGAAUUAACAUUCACAGAUACCAUCACAUUUUCCUUUUGCUGUUUACAUUAUGUAAAGAGUGAAUGCUGCAAAAUCCCAAAGCAGGAUCAAAAUUUUCAGCGUAUUUGUAAGUGUAUAAUUUUUUCAUCAAUGAAGGCAAAAACACGA